UAGAUUAAACUAUGUACCGUUUAAAAUACAUAAAUAUGUUGAUUUUGAAAUUUGCAUUGAAAGAGUAUUGAGACCUUAACAGUUUAAUUUUGAAAUUUGCAUCGAAAAAUAUCACAUCAAUUUUUUUUUGGGAUUAAUGGUUUAAUUAUUUUGUUACAUCAAAUAUACAAAUGUUAAUAAAACUACUUGAGUAAAAAGUCUCAAUAAUAAAUAUUUAUAUUAAAAUAUACCAUAUAAAAUAAAUAAAAUAAUUAUUUUGAUUUAUUUGCCAUAAAUAAACAACAAUAUUAUGUUGAUUUAUGUGAUUACUCUAAUCUCCUAUAUAUUAAUUGAGAAACAAUUCAACAUGUGUAAGAUUUUGUUAAUUAAUACUAGAGCCGGGUCCGCGCUACGCGUGGAUAACAUGUUCAAUUGAAGUAAAUUUUUAAUUUUUGGUAUUUUUAAGUACUAGAAAUUGGAAGUUAUUGUUUGUGUAUUGUAGAAUGAACCAUAUAGUAAAUUUGAAUAAUAUAUUAGGUUGAGCAAAGAUUUUUUUUAGGAUAAAAGAGUAUAUGAGUAGACAUUUUUAAUUGACGUAGAAAGCAGUAAUUUAAAUUUUAAAAUGUUUGACCGGUGUCGAUGUCUUGUUGUUCAUCCCAUGUGGAGUUAUGGCUUCAAGCUUAGUAUAGCAGUUUAUUCUUCUUUUGGAAGCGUUGUAUGAUAUCAAUGUCGGUGUCGAAGUAAAAGCGCGAUCCAGGUGUGGUUGUGAGUGAUAGUUUUCCUGUAAAAGUGAAAUAUUUGUAAGCAUUUAUUUUGACGUAAAUAUUAUGUUUAGUUUAUUACCUUCAUGUAACCGUGGAAUGAUACUUGUGAUGAUUACGAUUUGGGUUUUUCUGGUAGAUAUGUGAUUUAGCUCCCUGAAAUUUACCGUCUCAUUGUCCCAGAUAGUUAGACGUACCAUUUUGGAUCUACUAAAAAUAAUUGUAUUACAUAUUUAUUAGUUAAAAUAAAUAUUAUUUAAUAAAGUGUUAGUACCUGUGUAAACGCAAUCCAAUGAUGAUCUUAGAAUAUGUGUUCUUGUUAUAUAAAUCACUUCCUUGGAUGAGGCAUAUUCGACCAACAACAUCUCUGAUAAUAUUUUUUUAUAGUGAGGAAAAAGAUAAUUUAUUUGUUUGCGAGACCCCGGCAAUGGCUUUUUUUUACCUGGGAGGAAAUUGAAUGCACUUGCUAAGCUGAUCAAUUGGGGGUAGCGUUGGGGCCGGAAUAUGUAUGAAGGUAUUGGUGGAAUGUUUUCUUCAAUCUGUGUAAUAAUUGUUUUCUCAUUGAUAUUGAUUAUGUAGGGUUGAACUGUAAGACUGUACCGUUGGUUAUUGGAAAGGAGAAUAAAAUAUCUAAUGUGAUAAAUUUUCUCUUCUUCGAACCGUUGGUACAUUUUGUCUGACGUAGAAAUAGGCACCCUCCCUUCCAUUUUCAGUUCCUGUUGAGUGGUUUAAAGCAAUCAUUUCAUAUGUAGUUGGAAAGAAUAAAAACAUAGUAUUUUUUAGACAAACCUGGAUGUCAAGACAAAUGAAAGUUGUUCAUAGGAAAGCAUUUUUGUUUUUGUGAUUUGUGAUGAGCCACAUCCUAAUGGUCCUAGCGAUUAUUUGUUGUGGUCCGAGGUUGUUGCUCCGGUUAUUGUGAUCUUCGGCUGCAUGAUUUGCACAGAUUAGAGUGUGAUUUAUUUUUUAUUGACUUUUUUUUAAUUUUUUAAAGUGAACAUAGUUAUAAUUUGUUUGUUUUUAAAAAAAAAUUGAUUUCUUUCAUUUAAUUUAAUAUAAUUAAAGAAUAUGUAUUUGGAGUGACCAUAAUUUAAUUUAAUUUUUAAAAUUUGGAUUUUUGAAGUGAAGAUAGUUUGUUUGUUUGUUUUUUAUUGCCCAUCAAAAAGACGUAGCAUGAGUAUUUGGAAGUGUUAAUUUUUAAUUAUUUUGUUGGGUUUAAAUAUAAUAAAAAGGAACUCUAAGAAGUAAUGUCAACACUAUGUCAAAUCUGUUAUUUAGUAUACAUUAUAUUUUAUUAUUGGUUGAAUAAUAAAUACUAAUGAUGUUUUAUUUUAAAAUGUAUAAUAUAAAUAUGUUGUUGUAAAAUUAAUACGGUUCAUAGUUUGUAUUUUUAAAUACAAAAAAUCACUACUAUCUGAAAGAAAAUCUACCUUAGAUUUAAGUAUUAAAUUAUUAUAUCAAUACUAAUAUUUUUUUGAUUCUAAAAGGAACUUGUCAAUAUAAAAUACCUCCUAGAAGGGGAGGAUCUCUGGAUGUUGAUUUGACCAUGGUGUUGAGAUCAGCACUUCCUUAAACAAAAUGAAAAAUAUUAAAAUGAUUGUUCAGAUCGACCACCAAAAAAAAGGUUACCUAAUUGGCUUUUGCGACGAAGGGGUAGAGCUGGUUGAUCGUAGACGAUUUCUUACCAAAUGACGUUAGGAGGUUUUCUCGUGGGAUUUUGUAUCUACGUAUAACUUAAACGGAAUACCAAUACUAUAGACUAAUCGUUUGAAUAGCUUACACUGAUUAGGUUGAAUAACUUAAACUGAUUUUCUGCAGAGGGAGAAACGAUGGAUAAAUGUUAUGGUGAGCUUAGAGUCAAAGCUUGAACAUAUAUUUUGAUUAACAUUAUGGUUUUGUUUCCAUAUCCUUUGUUUUUUGUAUUAAUGGCAGAAUAUAUGUUAUUUACUUCUUAGUGAAUGCAAGAAGUUUUUUUGCUAGAAUAAUAUUAUUAUGGGGCCAGUUAAACUUGGUGAAAUCGUUUUUGAUUUAGACGUGUAUAGCUAGAAGUCUAUCUAAUAAUUAAGAGCUCGACAAAAACCAAUUCAUGCAUGCAUUUGUUUUAUUAUAAGGCAACUCGUAAAGGACGUAUUCCUUAUUGUUUGCAUGCAUUGCAAUUUGUUUACGUGUUCUUAGUGAAUAAUUAACAGGUACACAUAAUUAAUGGGCUGGGCUGCGAAAUUGUUUUUUUAAUUCGAAGUCCACUCGCUGUAAUCAAACCAAAGCAAUUUUAAUUCGAACCUCAUUCUUUUAAUUCGAAGCCCACUCGUUGUAGCCAAUUUUGUAACCAAAGCAACUUUAAUUUGAAACCCACUCGCUGUAGCCAAUUUUGUAAUCAAAAUCAAGCCCAAAUCUUUUAUUGCAAUUUUAAUUGAAAGCCCAAUCCGCCAGUGACAUGGCAGUAUGAUUGGUGGAGAUUAUUUUGUCCAUGUGGCACCCCUUAUAAGCUCUCAAUUUAGCUUCUUUUAUAUAGUAGGAAGUUAAACUUGGUGAAAUCGUUUUUGAUUUAGACGUGUAUAGCUAGAAGUCUAUCUAAUAAUUAACAGCUCGACAAAAACCAAUUCAUGCAUGCAUUUGUUUCAUUAUAAGACAACUCGUAAAGGACGUAUUCCUUAUUGUUUGCAUGCAUUGCAAUUUGUUUGAAUAAUUAACAGGUACACAUAAUUAAUGGGCUGGGCUGCGAGAUUGCUUUUUUAAUUCGAAGCCCACUCGCUGUAAUCAAACCAAAGCAAUUUUAAUUUGAACCUCAUUCUUUUAAUCCGAAGCCCACUCGUUGUAGCCAAUUUUGUAACCAAAGCAACUUUAAUUUGAAACCCACUCGCUGUAGCCAAUUUUGUAAUCAAAACAAAGCCCAAAUCUUUUAUUGCAAUUUUAAUUGAAAGCCCAAUCCGCCAGUGACAUGGCAGUAUGAUUGGUGGGGAUUAUUUUGCUCAUGUGACACCCCUUAUAAGCUUUCAAUUUAGCUUCUUUUAUAUAGUAGGAUUGUUCGAAAAUCUUACAAGACAUCAAUACAACUAAGAUUUAUUUAGAAGCUAUUGAAAUCACCUAGCGAGAACAUAGAUUGCACAAGAAAUUUGCUUUUCUAACCCUAACCCCCUGUCUAUUCGUCACAACACCGGCAAAGAAUAUUUGAAAGUGUUGAUUGACAAUAUGAAAUGAUAAUUUUUUUAAGUUCAGCCCAUUAUUUUCAUUAAAUGGACCUAAAACAGUUUUUAUUGAUUAAUUAAAUAGGCCACGUAUAUAGUAAAAUGUGUUUUGGUUUAAAAAUUAUUGCAUACCUAAAAUCAAUAUGAACCAUCAUCAUUUUCAUUUAAAAUUUUGUCACAAUAAAAAUAUAGGGUUGGGCAAAAAAUCCAAAUAAAAAAAACCGAACCAAAACCGAUCCAAAAAAAUAGUACUGAACUUUAACCAAACUUGUUAUCAGAAUGAGUUCCAAAUUUUGGUAUUUAAAGAACGAGAACCGAAUCCGAUCCAAACCAAAAUAUUUCGGGUAUCCGAAUAUAUCUGAACCAAAUUUAUAUACUUAAAUAUAUUAAUUAUUUUAAAAUUUAAUAUCUAAAAGAAUAUACAAAUUAUAUAAACAGUUAUAAGUACAUGUUUAAAAUAGGGAAAUGAUACUUAAAAUACCAAAAAUACUUAAAAUAUCUAUUGAUUUCCUAUCCAAAUAUUUAAGAUAAACCAAUUUUAUGUUAAGUUUAAGUAUUUUGGCAUACAUUAUUCAAAUUUAUAGGUUAUAUAUUAUUUUUAUUUUUAGAUUUUGAAAAAUUUAAAGUAUAUAUGAACUUUAAUUUUUUAAAAAAAUUAAAUAGGUUAUCCGAACUCAAACCCGAACUAGACCUGCAAAGAUCCAAACUGAAUCAUGCGGAUCCGAACCGAACCAAACCAAAUGGUACUCGAAUGCCCACCUCUAAUCAAAUAUAAAAAAGUCACUGAUAACAAAAUGUAUAUUGUUUAUAAUAUUUAAGUAUAAUAUAUUUUUAAAAAAUUACCCCGCGUAAAACGCGGAUUAUCAUCUAGUAUACCCAUAUUUUGUGACCAAUAAAUAAUGAUACAAAUAUCUAUGACUUUUUAAUCCGAUUUUUAACGUGUAUUAGUUAUGCACCAUCUUCACCUUCUCCAAAUGCUACAUGAGUUUGUUCUAAAGAAAGUAAUAAGACUAGUCAUGUCAAAGAUAACAGUAUUCAUGGUCAAUGGUAACGACAUUUAAAACAAUCCAUAUUUACAUAAAAAUAUGAAUCGAGCAAUAUGUGAAUCCAUAGAAAAAAUUGAUGCACAUCAAUGGUUGAUGAAUUGUGACACACCAUGGUGGAAAUAUGAAUCGAGCAAUUCAUGGUCGAAAUAUGUUAAAGACUACCAACACAAGAACAUGUUGUAAAUAUUAAUCGAGCUUGUUACUUGCUUACAUGUACAUGGUGUAAAUUUUACUUGGAUGUGUAACAAAGGUAAAUGACAAAGACACAUGAAUUGUGACUCAAGAUGAGGUGUACUAAAUGCGACGUUAUGAAAAAUAGAAGUGUGUUCCUUUAUAGUCAGUGUGAUAUUGGGACAAUGUUUUUAUAGUUUUUGUAUAGAGUAUCAUACACAAUUUUUGGUAUAACAAGUACAAAAGAACUACAUUUAUUAAUGGCUGUUUAUAAUGCUGGUUUAAGGUAAUAUUAAUAAUAACAUUAACGAUGAGACAAAUAAAUGUGAUGAAUUUCUACUGAUGGUCCAAAAUGAAAUAUCACACAUGAAAUAAACUAUGACUUCUAUUUUAAUAGAAUAAUAUAUACUUAACAUGUACACCUCUCAUCCAGAGAGACACACGAAGAUUGUUUCGAACAUUAUCCAAAACCCGAAAUCAUGAUUUGGUGGACACUUUUAAUUAUAAAAAUAUCUUGUGGUGUGUGGAUAGAGUUAAUGAGAUGAAACAUAGAAAAAAACAUCAUACUAAGUUUAGGUUUACUUUUCACGUUGUAAUGGAUACUUUCUAUAUUACAAGACUUUGGACUUGUACUUUUGAUUUGAGUGACCCCGAGUACAAUGAUAGUCCCACAAUAUUUAUACUCUUGUUUGGACUGUUUUUUACUCUGUGAUAUCACAUGUAAACUUUUAGGCUGUAACUGGUUAAUUUACUUUAUGAGGAAUAUGCUGAAUAGAAAAAAUGAUUGUUUGUGGAAUAAUAAAAAUGGAAUGAUGAAUAAAAUGGAAUAAAAACUGAAAUUACUAAUGGAAAUAAUGAAUUCCAUGCAUUCCAUCGAUUCAUGAAGAUUUAAGAUCAUGAAUAAAAAGAAUAAGUUUUACGAAAGAUUUAUUUUUUUGUUUCAUUCCAAAAAUGGGAUAUGUGAAAUUGUUUUAUGAAUGCAUUUCUUAUGACUGUUAAAUAUUUUACGGUUAUAAGAUCAUGUGUAUCUUAUUAAAUAAAAAUGUUAACAUAAGAGUUUUAACAGUUUUAGUAAUUUAUAGUUAUUUUUAAAAAUUCAAAAUAUAACAUAUAUGAAAAAAUUAAAUUUUAAUUUCAUAGUUAAUUUGAUUGUUUGAUUUAUUUUUAAUAAUAUUAAAUUAAACAAAAAAAUGAUGGAGGAGACACAAAUUGUUAUCACAUUUUUCUUAUUAAAAUCAUUAAUUUUCAUAUAUAUAUAUAUUAAUCAUAUUUGAUAAUUCUGUAACUAUUGCUUAAGGAAAGAAAUGAAAAUAGUAAUUGUACACUUUUAAUUAGUUUUAUGAUUAGUUUAAUGAAAAAUAUAAUAUAUAUUUAGAUGAACCAACAUAUUUUUCUAAAGAUUUUUAAAAUCAUCAUGGUGAUCACACAUAGCUACAUUCAAAUGUUGUAGUGCUCCUCAAUUAAUAUAUAAGGGAUAUAUUGGGAUAUAUUUGUUUUAUCGGCAAAUCAAUCUAGUUUAAAAUCAAGAAUCCACCAAAAAAAAUAUCACUAGAAACAUUUUUUCUUUUUCUCAACCAACAAAUUUUAAACACUAAUUAAAUAAUUUUAACAGAGAUCUAUCAUUUAUAAUUAAGUAAUAUAUUAAAAAAAAUGAAACAUUCAUCUGAUCGAACAUGUAUAGAAAUCCUCCAUAAUCAGGUUCUUAUCCCACCGAACACGGUUUUUAGGAUUAUUGAUUGAGAGGUGCGCAACAUUCUCUUAGAGCAACAUUAUUGGUAGUCCCAACAUUGGUCCUAGUGUUUUUGGUGUGGGAGCCACCACCUUUUUGCUAGAAACUUUGUUCAAAUGUCUCUAAUUAAGAAAUGUCUCAAGGGUUGUUCCUAACUGUUUGCGGAUCCCACUAACACGUGGCGGUCUGCAAUUAAUUCAUAUUUAAUUUUUUUUCUUUUUUUUUUUAAAUCAGAAAAAAAAAAAUUUAAAGACCAAAAAAUGUGUCAGCGGAUAAUUACGUUCUUAGGAAGAAGAGACAGGAGAAAAGACAACACCCUCUUGUCCUCUUGGCUUCAGUUUACGUUAUUGGCUUCUCAUAAACCAUAACCAGUACCGACCAUUUGGUGGGUUGGACGCAACAAUAUAUUUUGGGCCACAAAAUGUUAUUCAAAACUAUAAAAUACAAAAUGGUGGCCGUGAGAGGUCGAACUUGUCACCUGAAAAUCAUAUGAAGAGUAACCUGGCGUACAAUGGGGCUGACAUAUUAUUAUAUAUUUUCCAAACACACAAAACAUAAUUAUUUAAACAACCUAUAUAUCCUUGGAAAAAUGGAAACUGAUCAAAGAUUUUUGUGAACGUUGGAUUUGUCCCAUGGAAUAUCAAUUAACCAAAAUGAUCUUACACAAAUGAUGCCCUUGAUUUUUUUAAAAAAAUUGCUGCCCUAGGCAAAUGAUUCUUUCUCUGCGUUGAACAAAAAAAAAAAAGGCACGGGUCUGUUUGGAAUGUCUCAACCUGCAAUAAACAGACAAAACCGUUUUAGGAGGUAAGUCAUUCCUCAACACAGUUUUCUUAUUGUCUGUUCUUUCUUCUGAAAGUUCUUUAAUGCAUGGAAUCAUAUAUGAAAGAUUGGUCAAAAGACUAGGGAAAAUGUCGAAAUAUUAAUUCUAACCUACCCAUAUGAAGAAACUGGUUUAAGAAAGAAAAAGAAAAAGUGGGCCAGUCUAAAAUUGAUAUAAUAUAUUUUUUUAAUUAUUGAUAUAAUAUUUAAACACAGAACAAUAAACCAAGUAAAUAAAAGAAAAACGCAUUCCCAACGGUUUACAUCAUAUUUUACAUAUUAAAGUGUGACAGUGAAAUGAAAUCUUGAAUCUACUUGUGACUUCUCUUCUCUUCUUGCAAAAGAAGUACCUCUACUUGAGACUUCUCUUCUCUUCUUGCAAAAGAAGUACCUCUUCUUCUCCUCCCGAUCCCCUGAAGAAAAGUUGAGUUUGGACAUUAUGGGGGACGAGUUCCGAGCAGAUUUGUUGGAGAAGCAGUACCACGAGGGAUGUCCCGGUUGCUUAGUUGAUAAGACGAAGGAGGUCCGCCGAGGAUAUCCCUACGCGGAGCUCUCCUUCAUCUGGGUCAUCAUACUCACCACGUCUCUUCCCAUCUCUUCUCUGUAUCCGUUUCUGUACUACAUGAUCCAAGAUUUUGGUGUAGCCAAGACAGAGCAAGAAAUAGGAUACUACGCUGGUUUUAUUGCUUGUGCGUUCAUGCUUGGACGUGCACUAACAUCUGUUCUGUGGGGAGUAAUGUCCGAUAGAUAUGGACGAAAGCCCAUUAUCCUCCUUGGAACGAUCACAAUUGCUGUGUUCAACGCUCUGUUUGGCAUGAGCACGAACAUAUGGAUGGCCAUUGCGACUAGGUUUAUGCUUGGCAGCUUUAACUGCCUUCUUGGAACCAUAAAGGCAUAUGCUAUGGAGAUCUUCCGUGAAGAGUACCAAGCGACCGCAAUGUCAGCGGUCAGCACGGCUUGGGGUAUUGGUCUCAUCAUUGGACCUGCCCUAGGAGGAUUCUUAUCACAGCCUGCAGAGAAGUAUCCGAGUGUGUUCACCAAAGCAUCCUUCUUUGGCAGGUUCCCUUAUGCCUUGCCAUGUUUUACCAUCUCGGCAUUCGCACUGGUCGGUACAGCAAUAUGCUGUUUCAUUCCGGAAACACUUCACAACCAUGAGCUGGAUAAUAAGACUUCAGAUGAUGACCCUGUCGAAGCACUUGAAGCUGCAUCUCUUGAAACAGCCGGGAUGACAGGAAACAACAAAAGGACUUCUCUGUUCAAGAACUGGCCCCUCAUGUCAUCCAUCCUAGUCUACUGCGUUUUGUGUCUGCAUGACACAGCGUAUUCUGAGAUCUUUGCUUUGUGGGCAAAUAGCCCUAGUAAGUUCGGAGGAUUGGGAUACUCAACGAAUCAUGUUGGCACUGUUCUAACGAUAUCGGGUUUUGGCCUCUUUUCCUUUCAGGUCCUCCUCUAUUCAGCAGCCGAGAGACUGCUGGGACCACUGCUCCUUACCCGUCUAGAAGGGGCACUGAUGAUACCUGUCCAGAUGAGCUAUCCUUUUAUAGCUCAUCUGUCAGGUAUCCCUCGAAGCCUUCUGUUGACCGUUGCUUCUAUCUUCGUAAACGUUUUCAGUGUCUCUGCCAUAACCGGCAUGUUGAUUCUCCAAAACCGAGCGGUGGAUCAGCACCAGAGAGGUGCUGCGAACGGACUGGCCAUGACUUCCAUGUCACUGUUCAAAACAGUUGCACCAGUUGUUUCUGGAUUCCUCUUCUCUUGGAGUGAAGAAAGACAAAAUGCAUCUUUUCUACCAGGACCGCAGAUGCUCUUCUUCUUCCUCAACGUGAUCGUCAUCUUAGCGGUGUGUCUUACAUUCAGACCAUUUCUGGUCACGGCAGCUAGGAGGAGGUGAACUGCAAGACCUAUAAACUUCAGCUAGAUGUUGCUUCCUUGUAUUGAACCUAUCGUUUUUUUCUAUUAAGUUUAUCUCAUGUUUGGUGGACUGAGGGUUGUAGUAGCCCCACCUGAAACUCUUGCUUUGUCAGUUUUGAUUCAUUCUAGACGUGAACAAGAAGUUUCAUUCUAGACGUGAACAAGAAGUUAUCGGUUUUCUUUCUGUUUUUUAAAUUUAAUGCUUUUAUAACUUUUCAAAACCACGUGUUUGUUGUAAAUGAAGUGUUGGAGAAAUACUUAUGUUAUUAUUAUUGUCGACCAGAAGGUCCAUAUAUAUACAAGGUAUUAGACCGUCAUAAGAUCAUGUUUAUCCUAACAAGAUAAGGAUAAGGAUAAACACUAUGUUACAGAUAUACAUGGAAUAUAUACUAGAUAAACACAUAGUCUCUGGUUGUCUUUAUCAUGUCCCGGAUUGGACCUACAGUACGGGCUGGUCCAUGGUCGAUCAUCAUUUGGUUUAUAACACUCCCCCUUGAUCGACACAUCCGGUACAGGUUCGUUGCAUGCUUAAUGUUGCCUCGUUAAAACCUCUCCUGAAAAACCCCAAAACCAAUGUGGCAAAAUGGGAAACCAAGGACAGGAAAAAGAGUACAACACAUGAACUCCCCCAGAUGAAUGC